ACAGUUGCUGCAGCUGCUGCACGAAUGCGCUAUAGCUGUUGCACGGAGUGGGAUUUUGAUCUGGAUCGCAGCAGUGUAGCCGCUGCUGCGAUACCGUUUGAAACAACCCAUUGUGCAUUUGAGAAUUUUGAAGUGGAAAGGAGUAUACCAAAACCUCUAGAAAUGAAAAUGAAGCGCAUGUUGGCUUCUGCCAUAGAAGAGAAAACAAGUGAUAGCCUUGGCAGUGUUUCUUGUGGAAGAGACGCUCUUGAAGAGUUCUCACCAAAUUUUGCAAACCAGACAAAACCGGAUCUGCUCGCGGAUGCAUUGGGAAGCGUUUCGCAGUCUGAUCGUAAUCGUGCUUAUUCUCUUUCCACGGAUGAUGAGUUCUGUAUGGUAGACGAGGAUGUAAUUGGCAGCGGCAUCACUAAUUCCACUGGUGAGCCUAACAUAAAGUACAUUGGCUCUCAAUCAAACAAGUUUCCGUGGAACAAUGGUGUAAGCGUUGAUCUUCAUCACUUCCGCGUUCCAAAUGAUUGGCGUGGUGAUGGUUUGGCUGCUUUACCAGCUGAUUUUCCAUCACCCAUGAUAAGGCAAGCAGAUUUCGUUAUGACGUUUUGA